CCUAUGUUUUAGAAGAGCAAGGCUGUAUAAAUACCAGAGCCACGAGAAGUCGCCGCUUAUUCAGACUGCUACAGGUCUCGAGUGCUGACCUCAACUAACUAUUAGAAUAAUUCUUUAUUUUUAGUAUAGACAACUGUUUUGCAACUCCUAUAGAUGUAUUGGUGGAUGUUUAAUUUAUAGCGCAAUUUUAUGUUGAGCACUCAAGACUGUAUGGUACCUGUCAUACGCGCUCUUCUUUAUUCAUAGCAAUUUUUCUAUUAAGAAGAAAAAAUAUCUUAUUUUACAUCGUUUCUUUGAUAGAAACGGUGCUUGUGAUAGUAAUCAAAUGGGUUCAACUUUGCAUAUCACUUUAUUAACCCUGUCCUUAAACAACGUUGUGCUGUCGGAAAUGUUCCACUCGGAGGAGACCAUACCCGUCAGAAACAGUGUGAAGACCAGCGGUCGGCUCUGGAAAAGGAGCGAGGAUCAACAGUGUUUCAGAUUGACAGCUUUCGGCCAGGACUUCACAUUGAAUUUGAUUCCGGAUGACUCGUUUGUUGCUCCAAAGUUAACCAUUCAGCACAUACAAUCGAAACAUCUGGCUGCGCUUUUCAACGGAACCAGAUCAGGGCAUUUUACCGGUGGUAUCAUCAAGACAGAAGAGAAUGGGGACGAGCUUAAGGGCUGCUUCUUCUCAGGGAAUGUGGACACCGACCAGGAAUCUGUUGUCGCGGUGAGCCUGUGCCACGGGAUGCAAGGGUUCUUCAUAGCGCAUGGGAAUGUGUAUCUAAUUCAACCCAAAGUUCUUGGCCAAGGUAAAACAGAGAGAUCACUCUUGCAGGUGCACAUUAUAAAAAGGAGAGUUUUGACCGACGUACAAAAUGUGUCCAAGACUUUCCAAGCGUUUGAUCAGGUGAAGGAUAAAAGCCGUCUGGCCACAGAUGACGGCACUGCAUAUCCUGUUGAUGAUGCUGAGAUAGCGACGGGACGGAAGCGACGGUUUGUCUCCUCUCCAAGAUAUAUCGAGACGCUGGUCGUAGCCGACGCUUCAAUGACACAUUUCUAUGGAGACGAAAUAAAGCACUACCUGCUGACUCUGAUGGCAGUGGCGGCGCGGGUCUACCGCCACCCCAGUCUGAAGAACUCAGUGAGCCUGGUGGUUGUGAAGAUGCUGGUGGUGGAGGACGAAGAUGUAGGGCCCCAGGUGUCCAGCAACGGAGGAAUGGCCCUCAGGAACUUCUGUAACUGGCAGCAGCUCUUCAACCCCUCCAGCCAGAGGCACCUGGAACACUACGAUACGGCCAUCUUAUUCACCAGACAGGACAUCUGUGGUCAGAGGAGCUGUGACACCUUGGGGGUGGCUGACGUGGGCACCAUGUGUGACCCCAAGAGAAGCUGCUCUGUGAUAGAGGAUAACGGUCUUCAGGCCGCCUACACCGUGACACACGAGCUAGGUCAUGUACUCAGCAUGCCUCAUGACGACUCUAAUAACUGUAUCAGAUGGUUCGGACACCUGGAUGGGCCACACAUGAUGGCGUCUGUGUUCUUUAGCCUCAACGAGACGUUGCCAUGGUCGCCAUGUAGCGCCCGCUAUGUCACAGAGUUCUUCGACAAUGGAUACGGUGACUGUCUGUUGGAUCCUCCAGAGCGGACUCUCCCUCUCCCUGUUGAUCCCCCUGGUGCCUCCUACAACCUGGACCGUCAGUGCCAGCAGGCCUUCGGGGAGGAGUUCACCCUGUGUCCGGACACCCCAGAAGACCAGACUUGCAGCCAGCUGUGGUGCCGGGAGGAGGGCCAGCCACACUGCACCACCCGGAACGGCAGCCUGCCCUGGGCUGAUGGCACGCUCUGCUGGGCUGGGACCAACACCACCUGUCAGGGAGGUGUCUGUGCUGCAGUGACUGAUCAGCAGAAAAGAGAGGAGCCUGUGGACGGAGGGUGGGGUGUGUGGGGCCCCUGGGGGUCGUGCUCCAGGUCAUGUGGCGGAGGGGUGGAGUUUUCCCAGAGAGAAUGCACUGAUCCCAAGCCACAGAACGGAGGAGCAUACUGUGCGGGACAGAGAGCCAAGUACCAGACUUGUCACAUACAGGCCUGCCAAGAUGAGCAUGGCAAGAGCUUCAGAGAUGAGCAGUGUGAGAAGUACAACAGCGACCGAUACCUGGACAUGCAUGGGAACAUCAAGCAGUGGAUCCCCAAGUACAACGGCGUCUCACCACGGGACAGGUGCAAACUGUUCUGCAGGGCAAGGGGCAGCAAUGAAUUCAAAGUCUUCGAGGCCAAGGUUGUUGAUGGCACCACCUGUGGCCCAGACACCACCUCCAUCUGUGUCCAGGGACAGUGCGUCAAAGCUGGCUGCGACCAGGUGAUCGGCUCCAGUGUGAAGCUGGACAAAUGUGGCGUGUGUGGGGGUGAUGGAACAAUCUGCAGGAAGAUCACUGGAUCGAUGAAUAAAGCCAUAUUCGGCUACAACGACAUUGUGACCAUUCCGGCCGGGGCCACCAACAUCGACAUCAAGCAAAAGAGCCACCGCGGGAUCAAACACGAUGGCAACUACCUGGCCUUGAAGACAGAGGUUUCCUACAUCCUGAACGGGAAUUUCUCUGUGUCCACAGCAGAGCAGGACAUCCCAGUCCUGGGCGCCGUACUCCGGUAUAGUGGUUCCUCCACCACCCUGGAGAGGCUCUUGAGUUACCAGAAGCUCCGACAGGCAGUCACUGUCCAACUCCUGUCCACAGCCGGAGACGCCUCUCCCCCUAGGGUCAAGUACACCUUUUUCCUCCCCAGGGAUGUCCCCUUCACCAAGCCCGGAGCUGAGGGUAGAGCUUCGCUACAUGCGAUUCUGCCACUAGGGGGCUCAGAGUGGGCUCUGGGGGAGUGGUCCGAGUGCUCCAAGAGCUGCGGCUCAGGUUGGUCAAGAAGGAACAUAGAGUGCCGGGACGGGGCAGGCACCCUGUCCUUCUCUUGUGAUGAGGACCUGCGGCCGGCAGACAUCCGGCCGUGUGGGGACCUGCCCUGCCCUGUCUGGCAGAUGGGUCCCUGGUCGGCAUGCUCAAGGACAUGUGGUGUGGGGGUGCGCCAUCGAAGCGUGCUGUGUAUUGACUACACCGGUAAGAUGGUGGAGCUAGGGAAAUGUAACCUCGCCAAGAGGCCAGGGGUGGUUUCUUCAGAGUGCAGCUACCAGGACUGCUGAGUCUGUGCUGAUAAAGCAGAAAGGGAAAGGGCAGUUGGUGGCAGUGGUGGGAUCCGAGCCCGAGGGAAGUAGUGUAGGAAGCUAGUUAGUUAGUCAACUAACCAAUGCACAACCCUUUCUCAACCACCACAACCAUGCUUCAGAGACAAGCAGGGAAGCUAGACUAAUCAAGAGUGGUCGGUUCACUAUAUCAACCAGAACCAAAACUGUGGUUUGGCUUGGUGGUAGAAAUAUUUCACAUUUGAUAGAUUAACUUAAUUAUUUCUAUGUUUAUUUCCUUGAUGAUGUCAUAGCUUCAAAACAACUAUUGGCGGUUUGUUUUCCAACAGAGAUCUACCUCAAAGGAUGUAAAAAUAAUCAACUAUCACUCCUUAACCUGACGUUUCUGUUUGCAUCUAGCUUAACACAUUAUCAAAAGGCACACCUUACCUUUCCACCAAUGCUGCUGAUCUGCCGCUGGAGUGGUUGAAUACCACUAUCAUUCAUUUUCGUCGGGCCACAUGCCCCCCUUUUGAACACACAUGCCCUCAAAUCAAUUCAAAGUGUACCACCUAAUCAAAUCAAGUGACAUUCAAUAUUUUAGGGAAUAAAGAAAAACUUUUUUCAUAUGAAUAGAGAGACAAUACAUCAAAUCAAAUUUAAUUUCUCACAUGUGCCAAAUACAACAGGUGUAGACCUUACAGUGAAAAGCUUACUUACAAGCCCUUAACCAACAAUGCAAUUUUAAGAAAAUACCACAACAAAAGUGAAAUAAGAAUAACAAAUAAUUAAAGAGCAGCAGUAAAUAACAAUAGCAGGGCUAUAUUCAAGGGGUACCGGUACAGAGUCAAUGUGCGGGGGCACCGGUGUCGAGGUAAUUGAGGUAAUAUGUACAUGUAGAUAGAGUUAUUAAAGUGACUAUGCAUAGAUAAUAACAGAGAGUAGCAGCAGCGUAGAAGAGGGGGGCAGGGCAGUGCAAAUAGUCUGGAGUAGCUGUCUUAUGGCUUUGGGGUAGAAGCUGUUUCGAAGCCUCUUGGACCUAGACUUGGCGCUCCGGUACUGCUUGCCGUGUGGUAGCAGAGAGAACAGUCUAUGACUAGGGUGGCUGGAGUCUUUGACAAUUUUUAGGGCCUUCCUCUGACACCACCUGGUAUAGAGGUCCUGGAUGGCAGGAGGCUUGGCCCCGGUGAUGUACUGGGCCGUACGCACUACCCUCUGUAGUGCCUUGCGGUCAGAGGCCGAGCAGUUGCCAUAGCAGGCAGUGAUGCAACCCGUCAGGAUGCUCUCGAUGGUGCUGCUGUAAAACCAUUUGAGGAUCUGAGGACCCAUACCAAAUCUUUUCAAUCUCCCGAGGGGGAAUAGGUUUUGUUGUGCUCUCUUCACGACUAUCUUGGUGUGCUUGGACCAUGUUAGUUAGUUGGUGAUGUGGACGCCAAGGAACUUGAAACUCUCAACCUGCUCCACUACAGCCCCGUCGAUGAGAAUGGGGGCGUGCUCGGUCCUCCUUUUCCUGUAGUCCACAAUCAUCGCCUUUGUCUUGAUCACGUUGAGGGAGAGGUUGUUGACCUUGCACCGCAUGGUCAGGUCUCUGACCUCCUCCCUAUAGGCUGUCUCAUCGUUUUUAGUGAUCAGGCCAACCACUGUUGUGUCAUCAGCAAACUUAAUGAUGGUGUUGGAGUCGUGCCUGGCCCUGCAGUCAUAAGUGAACAGGGAGUACAGGAGGGGACUGAGCACACACCCCUGAGGGGCCCCUGUGUUGAGGAGCCAUAUCGGAACAUCUGAAACCCUGUUCCAUUCUGUCUGUAUUUCUGGAACACUGGAGCAUGUUUUUAAUGCCAAGUCUCUGGUCACAGAGUUAAACUCACACUAUCAUAUUUCUCACAUAAAUCAGAGCUAUUUAAUCAAGUAGGGAUGAUCGAAACAAACCCACAUAACCUUUUCAAUUUGCUUGACUAUUUAUCGCUUGCUGAAAUAUGCAUAUUCAUGAUAGAAGUACUAGUUAUUAAGACUUAAUUCUAUAUCCACAGCUAGUUGGAAUGGUUUUGUGGCAUUCUUUUAAAACAAAUGUCUGUCGUGUUAAUAACAAGGAGAUUGUAUUUAUUUUCUUAACUUUGUGUUUGUUAUUAUUCUUGGCCAUGGUGAAUGCUGUAGAUAAACAUUUUAUGACUUAUGUUUAAGGAACUAACGACAAGGAAAACAAUGGAAUAUCUGUAUCUAACGUCAAACAUGUACAUGAUGCUUCAUUUGAAAUAUGCUGUCCCAGAAAAUAUGGCAUUAUGAAAGGUGAGCUGAAGAAUAAUACUUUUGAGCUCAAGUGAAACGAGCAUAGCAGCUAUUGAAAUGGUGUAAAUGUACUUUAUGAUGCCACAACCUAGAUGUCAUUCAUUCAUUUGUGUUAAAUAGCAUGUCGAAUCGCAGCUUCUUUUAGAAGUGAAAUAAGAAAUGAGAAGUUGUUUACGUAGAUAGUAGAUACACUCCUAAUGUGGUUAAAGUCUAAUCCAUACAUUCUUAGAAAAAAGUUCCAAUGGGUUCAUCAGCUGCCCCCAUGGGAGAACUCUUUUUGGUUCCAUGUAGAGGGAACCAGAUACCUUUUGGGUUCCAUGUAGAGGAACCCGAAAGGGUUGUACCUGGAAUCAAAAGGGCUCUACCUGGAACCAAAAAGGGUUCUCCAAAGGGUUCUCCUAUGUGGGUAGCCGAAUAACCAUUUUAGGUUCUAGAUGGCACCUUUAUUCUAACACUGUACAACUCAGAGUAACAGAGAAAGAGGUCAUGGUUUCCAUGUACUCUGUUAAGUAGAAAUACAAUAUGUUGUAUAUUUGAGCUAAGGGUCAUUUCCACUCUCUGGGUGGAAUGAGAACAGAAGUUUAUAAGACACAGCAACAACUGAAUCUGUUUAAUGGUCAUUUAAGUUCAUAGUUAAUUGCUACAGUUGAAGUCGGAAGUUUACAUACACUUGAGCCAAAUACAUUUAAACUCAGUUUUUCACAAUUCCUGACAUUUAAUCCGAGUAAAAAUUCCCUGCUAUGGUCAGUUAGGAUCACCACUUUAUUUUAAGAAUGUGAAAUGUCAGAAUAUUAGUAGAGAGAAUUAUUUAUUUCAGCUUUUAUUUAUUUCAUCACAUUCCCACUGGGUAAGCAGUUUACAUACUAAUUGAGUUUAUUUGGCCGCAUUGCCUUAAUAAGUUGGUUAAAUUUUGGCCCAUUCCUCCUGACAGAGCUGUUGUAACUGAGUCAGGUUUGUAGGCCUCCUUGCUCGCACAUGCCUUUUCAGUUCUGCCCACAAAUUUUCUAUGGGAUUGAGGUCAGGGUUAUGUGAUUGCCACUCCAAUACCUUGACUUUGUUGUCCUUAAGCCAUUUUGCCACCACUUUGGAAGUAUGCUUGGGGUCAUUGUCCAUUUGGAAGAUCCAUUUGCGACCAAGCUUUAACUUCCUGACAGAUGUCUUGAGAUGUUGCUUCAAUAUAUCCUCUUAAUUUUCCAUCCUCGUGAUGCCAUCUAUUUUGUGAAGUGCAUCAGUCCCUACUGCAGCAAAGCACCCCCACAACAUGAUGCUGCCACCCCUGUGCUUCAUGGUUGGGAUGGUGUUCUUUGGCUUGCAAGCCUCCCAACUUUUUCCUCCAAACAUAACAAUGGUCAUUAUGGCCAAACAGUUCUAUUUUUGUUUCAUCAGACCAGAGGACAUUUCUCCAAAGAGUACGAUCUUUAUCCCCAUGUGCAGUUGCAAACCAUAGUCUGGCUUUUUUAUGGCGGUUUUGGAGCAGUGGUUUAUUCCUUGCCGAGCGGCCUUUCAGGUUAUGCCAAUAUAGGACUUGUUUUACUGCGGACAUAGAUACUUUUGUACCUGUUUCCUCCAGCAUCUUCACAAGGUCCUUUGCUGUUGUUCUGGGAUUUAUUUGGACUUUUCGCACCAAAGUACGUUCAUCUCUAGGAGACAGAACGAGUCUCCUUCUUGAGCGGUAUGCCAGCUGUGUGGUCCCAUGGUGUUUAUACCCAUGGUGUUUAUACUAUUGUUUGUACAGAUGAACGUGGUACCUUCAAGCGUUUGGAAAUUGCUCCCAAAGGAUGAACCAGACAUGUGGAGGUCUACACUUUUUUCUGAGGUGUUGGCUGAUUUCUUUAGAUUUUCCCAUGAUGUCAAGCAAAGAUGCACUGAGUUUGAAUGUAGGCCUUGAAAUACAUCCACAGGUACACCUCCAAUUGACUCAAAUUAUGUCAAUUAGCCUAUCAGAAGCUACUAAAGCCAUGACAUCAUUUUCUGGAAUUUUCCAAGCUGUUGAAAAGCACAGUCAACUUAAUGUAUGUAAACUUCUGACCCACUGGAAUUGUGAUACAGUGAAUUAUAAGUGAAAUAUUCUGUCUGUAAACAAUUGUUGGAAAAAUGACUUGUGUCAUGCACAGGUAGAUGUCCUAACCGACUUACCAAAACUAUAGUUUGUUGACAAGAAAUUUGUGGAGUGGUUGAAAAAAGAAUUUUUAUGACUCCAACCUAAGUGUAUGUAAACUUCCGACUUCAACUGUAUAUUAAAAUUAUUAUAUUUCUGCCAGGUAAAUCCCUGAGUGUUAAAACAUCAUUGCUUUAUUUAAUUGAAGAUGCUGUUGGUGACUAAAAGGGGGGAAUUAGCUAUUAUGCCACCCCUUAUGUGUUGUUCGUUUAAAACAGCUUUGUUUUCAGAUUUCCUCUCACUAGGUAUGUAAUGAUAGAGCAUUCCAGAAUGUAUUUAAAGGAGAAAAGAUGUAGAACUGAUUUCAAAGCAUUCUAUCCCUUCAAUGAAGGUCUUUACGAUGCUAUUGUUAUAGCUUCCCUACAAAGCUAUUUAUUUUUUAAUACUUUCAGACUAAUUACUACAGUUUCAUCUUUACGUUGCUGCUGUCUGUCUUCCUGAAUUGUAAGAAAUUAGACUGAAUCAUAAUUUAACAAUAAAGAUUUCUCUUGACUGAAA